CUCGCCCGCCAGAGCCUUUGCCAGGGGAUGGGGUGGGAGGCGCUAGAAACCACUUAGCUACAGCCAACCGCCCAAUGCAGCACUCGCUCGCUCCCCCCGCCAGCGGAAGCGCCCGCGGAGCACAAUGCAGCACUGAGGCAGCGCCGCGGUGGAGGCUGCAGCGCCACGGCCACCGCAGCACCGGCCGGGGCUGGGAGGGGGCGGCCGAGGCAAACCGGCGGGCGCGGGGCGAGGGAGCCGGACCCCGCUGCCGGGGCAUGAGGAGCUGAGCGUCUCCAACGGGGCGGUUGACGGCAGCACCAUGCAGGCGGCGGCGGCUGCGUCCGUGCCCUUCUUGCUGCUCUGCGCCCUGGGGACCUGCCCCCCGGCGCGCUGCGGCCGGGCAGGAGACGCCUCGUUGACGGAGCUGGAAAAAAGGAACGAAAACCGCUUCCUGGAGCGCCAGAGCAUCGUGCCACUCCGGCUUCUCUACCUCUCGGGCGGCGAAGACGAAACUGGGCACGACGCGCUCGAUACGCGAGUGCGGGGCGACCCCGGCGGCGGGCAGUUGACUCAUGUUGACCAAGCAAGCUUCCAGGUUGAUGCCUUUGGAACAUCAUUUAUUCUCGAUGUCAUGCUAAAUCAUGAUUUGCUGUCCUCUGGAUAUGUAGAGAGACACGUUGAACAUGGAGGGAAGACUGUGGAAGUUAAAGGAGGGGAACACUGUUACUACCAGGGCCAUAUCCGAGGAAACCCUGCCUCAUUUGUUGCAUUGUCAACAUGCCAUGGACUUCAUGGGAUGUUCUAUGAUGGGAACCACACCUAUCUCAUUGAGCCAGAAGACAAUGACACUUCCCAAGAGGAUUUCCGUCUUCAUUCAGUUUACAAAUCCAGACUGUUUGAAUUUCCCUUGGAUGAUCUUCCAUCUGAAUUCCAACAAGUAAACAUCACUCCACCAAAAUUUAUUUUAAAACCAAGACCAAAAAGGAUUAAGCGACAGCUUCGACGACAUCCUCGUAACGUAGAGGAGGAAACCAAAUACAUUGAACUGAUGAUUGUGAACGACCAUCUCAUGUUUAAAAAACAUCGGCUUUCAGUUGUACACACCAAUACGUAUGCGAAAUCUGUGGUGAACAUGGCGGAUUUAAUUUAUAAAGACCAACUUAAGACAAGGAUAGUAUUGGUUGCCAUGGAAACCUGGGCGGCUGACAACAAGUUUGCCAUAUCUGAAAAUCCAUUGAUCACCCUACGUGAGUUUAUGAAAUACAGGAGGGAUUUUAUCAAAGAGAAAAGUGAUGCGGUUCACCUUUUUUCGGGGAGUCAAUUUGAGAGUAGCCGGAGCGGGGCAGCUUAUGUUGGUGGGAUUUGCUCGUUGCUGCAGGGAGGCGGCGUGAAUGAAUUUGGGAAAACUGAUUUAAUGGCAGUUACACUUGCCCAGUCAUUAGCCCAUAAUAUUGGUAUUAUCUCAGACAAAAGAAAGUUAGCAAGUGGCGAGUGUAAAUGUGAGGACACAUGGUCUGGAUGCAUAAUGGGAGACACCGGCUAUUAUCUUCCUAAAAAAUUCACCCAGUGUAACAUUGAAGAGUAUCAUGAUUUCCUGAAUAGUGGAGGUGGUGCCUGCCUUUUCAACAAACCUUCUAAGCUUCUCGAUCCUCCUGAGUGUGGCAAUGGCUUCAUUGAAACUGGAGAGGAGUGUGACUGUGGGACUCCAACAGAAUGUGCCCUUGAAGGAGCAGAGUGUUGUAAGAAAUGUACCUUGACUCAAGACUCUCAAUGCAGUGAUGGUCUUUGUUGUAAAAAGUGCAAGUUUCAGCCUUUGGGGACUGUGUGCCGAGAAGCAGUAAAUGAUUGUGAUAUUCGUGAAACAUGCUCAGGAAAUUCAAGCCAGUGUGCCCCAAAUAUUCAUAAAAUGGAUGGAUAUUCAUGUGAUGGUGUUCAGGGAAUUUGCUUUGGAGGAAGAUGUAAAACCAGGGAUAGACAAUGCAAAUACAUCUGGGGGCAAAAGGUGAUGGCAUCAGACAAAUACUGCUAUGAGAAGCUGAAUAUUGAAGGGACCGAGAAGGGUAAUUGUGGUAAAGACAAAGACACGUGGAUACAGUGCAACAAACGGGAUGUGCUUUGUGGUUACCUUCUGUGUACCAAUAUUGGUAAUAUUCCAAGGCUUGGAGAACUCGAUGGUGAAAUCACAUCGACUUUAGUUGUGCAGCAGGGAAGAACCUUAAACUGCAGUGGUGGGCAUGUUAAGCUUGAAGAAGAUGUAGAUCUUGGCUAUGUGGAAGAUGGGACACCUUGUGGUCCCCAAAUGAUGUGCUUAGAACACAGGUGUCUUCCUGUGGCUUCCUUCAACUUUAGUACAUGCUUAAGCAAUAAAGAAGGCACUGUUUGUUCAGGAAAUGGAGUUUGCAGUAAUGAGCUGAAGUGUGUGUGUAACAGACACUGGAUAGGUGCAGACUGCAGCACGUACUUCCCUCACAAUGAUGAUGCAAAGACUGGUAUAACUCUGUCUGGCAAUGGUGUUGCUGGUACCAAUAUCAUAAUAGGCAUCAUUGCUGGCACCAUUUUAGUGCUAGCCCUCCUAUUAGGAAUAACUGCGUGGGGUUAUAAAAACUAUCGAGAACAGAGGUCAAAUGGACUUUCUCAUUCUUGGAGUGAAAGGAUUCCAGACACAAAACAUAUUUCAGACAUCUGCGAAAAUGGGCGACCUCGAAGUAACUCUUGGCAAGGUAACCUGGGAGGCAACAGAAAGAAAAUCAGAGGCAAAAGAUUUAGACCUCGGUCUAAUUCAACCGAGAGGGAGCCCCAAGCACCUGAGCCUGGGCACUCCCUCGCCCAGACAGUCCCAUCCCAAGGCAUAAGCCCAGGGGGCUCUGACAGCCCCCAGACAGGGAGUCUGGAUCACAGGACUUUAUCUCCUGCCAAGUCUCCUUCUUCAUCAACUGGGUCUAUUGCCUCCAGCAGAAAAUACCCCUACCCAAUGCCUCCACUUCCCGACGAGGAGAAGAAAGUGAACCGACAAAGUGCCAGGCUAUGGGAGACAUCCAUUUAAGAUCAACUGUUUACAUGUGAUACAUCGAAACUGUUUACUUCAACUUUUAUAGAAACCCAGCCUCACGGAAUCACUGCAAAUCUAUCUGCUCUUCAGACGAUAUGAAGACCCUCUGAGAAGCCACAGAGGAGAGGAAGCCAAGUCUCACAUCUGGAUACCAUUUACUUUUUGUCAUUGGCUUAGGAUUUAACUGAACCUUGAAAAGAACUGCUGAAAUGUUACAUUAUAACACGGAACCAUAAAGGUACUGGUAUGUUAAUGGAUAAUCCACAUGACAGAUAUACGUAGAAAUAUCACUAAAUUAACUCACAUGACCCAAAUGUAGCAAGUUUCCUAAGGGACAAUAGUGGAUUCAGAACUUGACAUUCUGAAGCACAUCCUCAUUAUAGACAGUAAUGCUAUGUGCAUGAUGCUUCUCUUUAUUGUUUUCCACAUUUAAGGAAACAACAUCCCAUAAUAGAAACUAGCAUGCAGGGCUAAGACAUAUAAGAUUUUUCUGCAGGACUUUAAAGCUUUGAGAGGGCAAUAUCCCAUAUGCUAACUUGAAACAUGUAUUUUUAUUUUUGUUUUGUUUUUUUACUUUUCAUAUUUAUAUCAGCAUACAAGGACAACUGUACAUAUGUAAACAUUUUUAGAAUUAAAAAAAAGCAGCUGUUACACACAAAUGUACUUUGCCAAAUGCCUAAGAACAAUCAGAGACAAUCACAUCAUCGUCAUCCAUCAGAUGGUCUUUAAAGAUUAUAAGCAGAUGAUGCUGUAAAUAUAGUGGUCAAUGCUGUAAAUGUGUCUCUCCAUAAUUGGUAUUUGUCCAAAACAUGUGCUAUCCCUUUAAGCUGUGCACAGUCUGGAGGCAGUUUUACCGAGUAAUUAAUUGAACAGGAGAA